UACAACUCCUAUCAAUGAAAAACAACAGCGGUAUUCUCUUUUCAUAUAUUUGGCUUUUUGAGAGGAAGAAAAUGUUCCAAAAAGCAAUGGCAGUUGUUUGAUGAUGAUCGGUUUUCAGUUGUUCAUUUGGUUGAAUUGGAAACGAAACAGUCGACUGUGUUACUCUUUUGGUCUACAUACGCAUAUUAGGUGGUCAUCUCUUUGUUGGACAUAUUGGGGUGUCAUACCAAAGCUUGGCAUGUCUACACAAAAGAUGUUGGCGGGUCGCGUUUCGAAAGCCUUGACUGAAAAGACUAGUCGUCGUACUCAAAAGUAUCGUUGGAAUAGCUCAAAAAAUAAAUAUUAUGCCAUAGUUGGAGGUAAGAAUGGGUUUACUGGAGUAGUAGACAAUUGGGAUGCUUGUAAAGACCUCGUUCAUCGUGUAAGAAACACAAGAUAUAAGAGUUUUAAAAGAAGAGAAGCAGCUGAAGAAUUUGUGAAAACUCUAGCAGGAUUAGGAGAAGACUUUGGAACUUUUCUAUUCCAAGUUCCACCUAAUGAACCUUUUACUUGUGUCAAUCCACAAUAUAAGGAACAAGGGAAGCGUAUACUUAAACUAUAUACUGAUGGUGCUUGUAUUUCGAAUGGAAGUUGUAGUGCAAAGGCAGGAUAUGGAGUUUAUUUUGGUGAUGGAGACUCAAGAAAUAUAAGUAGACCAUUGUUGGGUCAAGUACAAACCAACCAACGUGCAGAAUUGAGUGCUAUGAUAGCUGCUUUGGAAAGUGUUUGUAAGGAACCUAUUGUUUAUGAAUCAGAAGCUGAAAUAUAUAUUUAUACAGAUUCCAGAUAUGUAAAGGAUAUUUUAACUGCAGGUUGGUUGGAACAAUGGAAACUUAACCACUGGAAAAGAAAAGUAGGAGAGUUGAAGAAUUUGGAUCUUAUUCAACGUCUGGACUAUUUAUGGAACAAAGUACAUCAACAAAGUAAAGCUAAAAUAGAAAUUGUUUGGGUAAAAGGACAUGAUGGAUUAAAAGGCAAUGAAGAAGCUGAUAGACUAGCCACUUUAGGCAUUCAUCAAAGAUUAAGUCGAGAUAAUGUAUAAAUGUUAUAUCUUUUGAAUUGUUAAUAUACACCCAGCAAUCCAU